GUGGGCGAGUCGGCUAAUGGCGUCGGCGAGUCUUGGAGACCUGGGGAGCAGGCGCUGAAGCUUCUUGCCAGGUUGGCUGGUGACGCCCAGUGUGGCCGGGCCCCGCGGCAGGGGGAGGGACCUGGCCACCUUGUGGGCUCCUCGGCCAGAGUCCGCGGAGCCUGGCGGGGCGAUUACGGGGAGAACCUCCGAGAGGAGCCGGGGUGUUGCGAGGAAGCUGAGGGGAGAGCUUGGCACGCUCCGGGUUCGCAGCCCAGGCCCGGCAGAACCGCUGCGGAGCCCUAGAAGCGGGCUGCGCAAGAGCCGAGGGCGCCGGGAGGGAGCUGCCUGUCGCCCCAAGGAGCUGGCAGUGUCGGAGCUUGUUUGUGUCGUUGAGAAAUUGCUCGGACCUUAGGAGAUCAUGUCCGGCACGAACAGUCCCGAAGCGGUAAAGAAGCUGCUGGAGAAUAUGCAGAGCGACUUGCGGGCCUUGUCGCUAGAGUGUAAGAAGAAAUUUCCACCUGUCAAGGAGGCUGCUGAAUCAGGAAUAAUAAAAGUUAAAACAAUAGCUGCACGAAACACCGAAAUUUUGGCAGCAUUGAAAGAGAACAGCUCAGAGGUUGUACAGCCUUUUCUAAUGGGUUGUGGAACCAAGGAACCGAAGAUCACUCAGCUGUGUUUGGCUGCCAUCCAGAGACUCAUGUCACAUGAAAUCGUGUCUGAGACUGCUGCUGGAAAUAUAAUUAACAUGCUUUGGCAGCUAAUGGAAAAUAGUCUUGAAGAACUUAAGUUACUUCAAACAGUUCUUGUUCUUUUAACAACCAAUACAGUCGUUCAUGACGAGGCACUUUCUAAGGCAAUUGUUCUCUGUUUUCGACUACACUUCACAAAAGAUAACAUUACAAAUAAUACAGCUGCUGCUACAGUGCGACAAGUUGUUACUGUUGUUUUUGAGAGGAUGGUUGCUGAAGAUGAACGACACAGAGAUAUUCUAGAACAACCAGUACUGAUCCAAGCAAAUAGUAACAGAAGAUCUGUCAGUACCCUCAAACCUUGUGCUAAAGAUGCAUAUAUGCUUUUCCAGGACCUUUGUCAGUUGGUUAAUGCUGAUGCCCCUUACUGGCUAGUAGGCAUGACAGAAAUGACUCGGACAUUUGGCCUUGAAUUACUUGAGUCAGUCCUGAAUGAUUUUCCACAAGUCUUUUUACAACACCAGGAAUUUAGUUUCCUCCUCAAAGAAAGGGUGUGUCCUCUUGUGAUAAAGCUCUUUUCUCCAAAUAUAAAGUUCAGACAAGGUUCCAGCACUUCAUCUUCUCCAGCACCAGUUGAAAAACCAUAUUUUCCUAUCUGCAUGCGUUUACUGAGAGUAGUAUCUGUUCUGAUUAAGCAGUUUUACAGUCUUUUGGUAACUGAAUGUGAGAUAUUUCUGUCACUUCUGGUGAAAUUUCUGGAUGCAGAUAAACCACAGUGGUUACGAGCUGUUGCAGUGGAAUCAAUACACAGACUCUGUGUGCAGCCUCAGCUAUUAAGGUCAUUUUGUCAAUCCUAUGACAUGAAACAGCAUUCAACCAAGGUUUUUCGUGAUAUUGUGAAUGCACUGGGAUCUUUUAUCCAGUCCUUGUUUCUUGUCCCUCCUACUGGAAGUCCUGCUACAACGAACCAAGCUGGAAACAAUAAUUCAGGUGGCCCAGUCUCAGCACCAGCUAACUCAGGAAUGGUUGGGAUUGGUGGAGGUGUUACUUUGCUACCAGCAUUUGAAUAUAGAGGAACUUGGAUACCUAUUCUGACUAUAACAGUUCAAGGCAGUGCUAAAGCCACCUACCUAGAGAUGUUAGACAAAGUUGAGCCGCCAACUAUACCAGAAGGUUAUGCCAUGUCUGUGGCAUUCCAUUGCUUGCUAGACCUUGUUCGUGGAAUCACUAGUAUGAUUGAAGGAGAGUUAGGAGAGGUUGAAACAGAGUGUCAGACUACCACUGAAGGAGCUUCUUCACCAACACAGUCAUCAGAACAGCAAGAUUUACAGUCAACAUCAGACCAAAUGGAUAAGGAAAUAGUUAGUAGAGCUGUUUGGGAAGAAAUGGUGAAUGCCUGCUGGUGUGGUCUUCUUGCUGCACUCUCACUCCUUCUUGAUGCCAGCACAGAUGAAGCUGCUACUGAGAAUAUUUUAAAAGCUGAACUAACUAUGGCUGCUCUUUGUGGAAGACUUGGCCUUGUAACUUCAAGAGAUGCCUUUAUAACUGCAAUAUGCAAAGGCUCCCUGCCUCCCCAUUAUGCUCUUACUGUAUUGAAUACCACCACUGCAGCUACACUUUCCAACAAAUCAUAUUCCAUUCAAGGCCAAAGUGUUAUGAUGAUAAGUCCAUCUAGUGAAUCUCAUCAGCAAGUUGUGGCGGUGGGUCAACCUCUAGCAGUCCAGCCCCAAGGGACAGUAAUGCUAACUUCCAAAAAUAUCCAGUGUAUGAGGACCUUACUUAACUUGGCACACUGCCAUGGGGCUGUUCUUGGAACAUCAUGGCAACUUGUCCUGGCAACUCUUCAGCAUCUUGUGUGGAUUCUUGGAUUAAAGCCUAGUAGUGGUGGUGCCUUGAAACCUGGGAGAGCUGUAGAAGGACCCAGCACAGUUCUAACAACAGCAGUGAUGACAGAUUUACCAGUGAUUUCCAAUAUACUUUCAAGAUUGUUUGAAAGCUCACAGUAUCUUGAUGAUGUGUCAUUACAUCAUUUAAUAAAUGCUCUUUGCUCCUUAUCUCUAGAAGCAAUGGAUAUGGCCUAUGGAAAUAAUAAGGAACCAUCUCUUUUUGCUGUUGCCAAAUUGUUAGAAACGGGUCUGGUUAAUAUGCACCGAAUAGAAAUUUUAUGGAGGCCUCUAACUGGCCAUCUACUUGAGGUCUGCCAGCAUCCAAACUCUCGAAUGAGAGAGUGGGGAGCAGAAGCUUUAACUUCACUUAUUAAAGCUGGAUUAACAUUUAACCAUGAUCCUCCACUUUCACAAAACCAGAGGCUACAGUUGCUUUUAUUGAACCCAUUAAAGGAGAUGUCCAAUAUUAACCAUCCAGAUAUCCGACUCAAACAAUUAGAAUGUGUGUUGCAGAUUCUGCAGAGUCAGGGAGACAGUCUUGGGCCUGGAUGGCCAUUAGUACUUGGAGUCAUGGGAGCAAUCAGAAAUGAUCAAGGAGAAUCCUUGAUACGAACUGCAUUCCAGUGUCUUCAGCUGGUUGUGACAGAUUUUCUACCGACCAUGCCUUGCACUUGCCUGCAGAUAGUUGUAGAUGUUGCAGGUAGCUUUGGACUUCACAACCAAGAACUUAAUAUUAGUUUAACUUCAAUAGGUUUAUUGUGGAAUAUUUCAGAUUAUUUUUUCCAAAGAGGAGAAACUAUUGAAAAAGAGUUAAAUAAGGAAGAGGCAGCACAGCAAAAGCAGGCAGAAGAGAAAGGAGUGGUUUUGAAUCGGCCGUUCCACCCCGCACCACCGUUUGAUUGCUUGUGGUUAUGUCUUUAUGCAAAAUUGGGUGAACUGUGUGUGGACCCCCGUCCUGCUGUCAGAAAGAGUGCAGGGCAAACUCUGUUUUCUACAAUUGGUGCACAUGGAACUUUAUUACAGCAUUCAACCUGGCACACUGUUAUUUGGAAGGUACUCUUUCAUCUACUGGACAGAGUUCGAGAGUCUUCUACCACUGCAGACAAAGAGAAGAUUGAGUCUGGAGGUGGGAAUAUUCUCAUUCAUCAUUCAAGGGAUACAGCAGAGAAGCAAUGGGCUGAGACAUGGGUAUUAACAUUAGCUGGAGUAGCAAGAAUCUUCAACACUAGAAGAUAUUUACUGCAACCUUUAGGAGAUUUUUCAAGAGCUUGGGAUGUUCUCCUUGACCAUAUACAGUCAGCAGCACUCAGCAAAAACAAUGAAGUAUCUCUGGCUGCUCUGAAAAGCUUCCAGGAAAUUUUACAGAUUGUGUCCCCUGUCAGAGACUCAGAUAAGCCUGAGACACUGCCCGUAGUUAAUGUACCUGUGCCUGUCCUUAUAGGAUCCAUAUCAGGUCCUGGCCUCAGCAGGCCAUUUGUGAGAACAGAUUCUAUUGGAGAAAGACUUGGAAGAUACAGCAGCUCUGAGACACCCAUAGUUACCGAUGAGCUUGAAGAUUUGAAUCUCUGGUGGGCUGCAUGGAAUACCUGGUAUAGAAUUGGAUCUGAAAGCACUAAGCCUCCUAUUACUUUUGACAAACUAACUUUCAUUCCCAGCCAGCCUUUUCUUACAGCUUUAAUUCAGAUAUUUCCAGCUCUCUACCAACACAUAAAAACUGGUUUCAACAUGGAUGACUUGCAAAAGUUGGGAAUCAUAUUGCACAGUGCUGUUUCAGUCCCAAUAAGCUCAGAUGCUUCCCCUUUUAUUCUUCCAUCUUAUACUGAAGCAGUUUUGACCAGUUUACAGGAAGCUGUACUUACAGCUUUAGAUGUUCUCCAAAAGGCCAUUUGUGUAGGACCAGAAAACAUGCAGAUAAUGUAUCCAGCUAUAUUUGACCAGUUGCUGGCAUUUGUAGAAUUUUCCUGUAAACCUCCACAGUAUGGACAGCUGGAAACAAAGCACAUUGCAAAUGCAAAAUAUAAUCAGAUCCAACUAUUUGCACCGGCGGAAUGGGUAGCCUUGAAUUAUGUACCAUUUGCUGAAAGGUCUUUAGAAGUAGUUGUGGAUUUAUACCAAAAAACAGCCUGUCACAAAGCAGUGGUGAAUGAGAAAGUACUCCAGAAUAUUAUUAAGACUCUUAGGGUUCCUCUCAGUUUGAAGUAUUCCUGCCCUUCUGAAAGCACAUGGAAACUAGCAGUAUCUUCUCUCCUCAAAGUUCUUUCUAUUGGGCUACCUGUUGCCCGGCAGCAUGCUUCUUCUGGAAAAUUUGACAGUAUGUGGCCAGAACUUGCCAACACUUUUGAAGACUUUCUCUUUACUAAAAGCAUACCUCCAGAUAAUCUCUCUAUUCAAGAGUUUCAAAGAAAUGAAAGUAUUGAUGUUGAGGUAGUUCAGCUUAUCAGCACUGAGAUACUACCUUAUGCCAAUUUUAUUCCUAAGGAAUUUGUUGGUCAGAUAAUGACCAUGCUUAACAAGGGCUCAAUACAUUCUCAGUCAUCUUCAUUUACAGAGGCAGAAAUUGAUAUUCGUUUGAGAGAAGAAUUUUCUAAAAUGUGUUUUGAAACGUUGCUCCAGUUUUCCUUCAGUAAUAAAGUCACAACACCUCAGGAAGGCUACAUCUCUCGAAUGGCACUCUCAGUGCUUUUAAAGAGAUCCCAAGAUGUACUACAUCGUUAUAUAGAGGAUGAAAGAUUAAGUGGUAAAUGCCCUCUUCCAAGGCAACAAGUAACAGAAAUCAUAUUUGUUUUAAAAGCAGUCAGUACUCUCAUUGAUUCACUUAAGAAAACUCAGCCUGAGAAUGUUGAUGGAAAUACUUGGGCACAAGUAAUUGCCUUAUACCCAACUUUAGUAGAAUGCAUCACUUGCUCGUCUUCAGAGGUCUGCUCAGCACUUAAAGAGGCACUAGUUCCUUUUAAGGAUUUCAUGCAACCACCAGCAUCCAAAGUUCAAAAUGGAGAAUCUUGACCACCUACAAUAUAUUUGAAAGAAGAAAGACAUCCUAAAGAAUGUUUGCUCCUGAGUCUUCUGUGAGAAGGACAUUUCUUACUACAAGUAAUUCUUGGCAGCUGUUGUUUGCCUCCUUUAAAUUGUACUUACCUUGGUUCGGUAAUUCAUAUUACAAGCUUACAUGUCAAUAAAGGCUCCUGAAUGAAUAGCAGUGCAAGGCUUUAAAAAGUUAAACUGAGGGGAGGGUUACUUAAUACUACAGCAUACCUGCUACUAUAUCUUCAAUUGGUGAGUUAAAAGUGAGCUUAUGUACAGUUUGUGGUGUAUGUGUUAAUGAUGUCCUUUUUAAAAAGAAAGAAAAGAUAUUUCAAUUCAGUCAGAUUUAUUAGGCUGGUGUUUUUGCACCCUUUUUCAAGUACAAAAUUGUACUAAAAUUUUAUGCAAGAUGGUACUGUAACAUUCCACAUUAUCUAUAACCAGCCUUUGUAAACAAAGGGAACUGAUAUACUUGUGUGUAUAAUAAAUGGUACAUUUAUGUAUAAAAUAGUUGCUUAUUAUUUAAAUUUUUAAAAUAUUGAUAAGGUUAAAUUCUUGAAGCUGUAUUAUUAACUCAAAAUUGUUUGCUUACAUCUUUACUUAAAAUUUGCCUUCUUACGUAACAGAUAAGCUCACCAUAUAAUCAUGCAGUUAGCUUCAUGCUUAUUUUAAACGUACUAUUAGUGACCAUUAAACAUCUGUCCAGAAAGGUCACGUAAACACAGCAGCAAAUAGUUUAUGAUUUGCUGAUUUUGCAACUUUGAAAUAUAGGUUAUUAACUUAAUACAUUGGGAUAUAUUGUAGCACUAUAACUCCAUCAUACCUCAUUUUAUUUAAAUAUUCUCCAAGCUUUCACCUAAGCCUGUGUGUUUUUAUAUUUGCUGUCUGGAUUUUAAAGAUUUUUCAUAUUUUAUAUUUCUACUGAUUUUUUUUUUCCCUUGGCUAAUGACAUUUGUCACUGUCUUUUAAUUAUGACCCAGGCAAGAUGACUUCAGAUUUUCUAAAAUUUUGCCUGUAGGUUUUGUUCAUUUCAGUGCAUUUUGUAAUGUCUUCUCAAGAAGAAAAAUAACUAUGUUAACCCACAAGUAUAAAAUGUGUGUGUAUUAUAAAACAAUAAGAAGUGUAUUUUUGGAGAUAGUCAAGCAUUUAGCAGUGCAGUGAACUUGCUGUCAUGGAGUAGAAUGCUAUUUUUGUUUCACUUUCCUAUCACAGUGAAGAAGAAAAGUGCUCUUGAGUACAUUGACUUGUUUCUUAAAAAACUGACUUUGACCUUGCUCACUGUAUUUUUUAUUUAAUGGAUUAUGGUAUUGUAAUAUUUUUCUUCUGAGUUAAAUUUUCAUAAUCAUUUAUGUGAAGACACAAAGAUGUUUAAAAUAAUGAUUAUUCAUAAGAAAUUAUUUUAGUGUACUGGAAGGCUUUUGAUUUUAAUAGAAUUUAUAAAUUUCAGCCUCUCCAGAAUAAUCAUAAAACUGCAAGAAGAUACUAGAAUUGACUAAUGAAUGAGAUAUAAUUUUGCGUUAUUGUAGUUGUGUAAUUAUUUAAUUUGCACUUUCACCUGUAAACAUUUGGUAUGGCCUUUUUUUUUUUUUUAGGGGAUAUUUUUAUUUUCAUGAAUUAAUGAAUUUCUAUUUUAUUAUCUCACCUAAAAUUAAGGUAAAAUAUGGCAUUUCAUAGAUUCUGCUUUCAGCAUUUUCCUUAAAGAAAGUUAAAAAAUA